AUGUCUUUCAGUGCAACUUGCUCCAAGUUCUCCCUCAGAGGUGCCGUUCUUUCUGCGACUUGCCGCGACUUCGACGGCAAUAAUGUUGAUUCCACGCUGAAUUUGGACGCCUUCAUCGGCAACGAUGACGGGAAGUUCAACUGGGACUCUGCUCAGUUCUCGCUGUCAGCGUCUGACGUCGAGCUUAAUGGCGUGUUUCUCUGCGCCAGCCUCACGAGGAGGGAUGGCGCUGUCAAGAAGGCUGCGCUGAAUCUCAACUUCUGCGUUGAAAACAUGAACGGUCAACUUGGAUUCAAGAGACCCUCGACCAAAAUAGCCGAGGGCUGCACUUUGUGGUCACUUGACUCAAACACUGGUAAAUUGUCCACGUUGUGCGUUGCAAAUGAUGGAAAUUUCCAUCUGUCCACCAUCGAUCUGAACGAGCACUUGUCCAACGACGACGGGAAGUUCAAUCCUGAUGGCCGAAACUUUACGUACACUGCGCGGAAUGUUCGUCUUGACGGGCUAGUCGUCCGUGCUGAAUUGCGGUACAACGAAGAGUGGGUGGAAGCAGCAUACGAUCUUCAGCAAUGCCUGUGGAACGGAAACGGGAAUCUACAGUUCGAAUCGCAUGAUGCAUGGUAUGACUCUGACGGACCUCUGGUGCGAUUCCUCGAGUCGCUCCUCGUAACAGGAUACACAAUUGCAGGUAUGGAUGACAUUUCUGGUGACACGGACGCUGCUAUGCGAGCCACAGCGCAGUGCUCGUACUAUACCAUCGUUUUCGGGGCAGCUUUACUCGGGAGCUGUUUCGGAGGCCCAGUGGGCGCUGCAGUUGGAGGAGCAUUCAUUAUUCCCGCUGCGUUGAGUGUGAAAGGUCUCAUCGGCAAGAACUUCGAAGACCCGCAGUUGCGACAGGAGGUUACCACUGUCGCAUUAUACGCUUUCAUCAAAGACACUCUGAUCGGCGGCGUCGGGGCCGGCGUCGCUUAUGGCGUCGCGGAAUAUGUGAGGAAAUGCUUGGUUCGCUGGAUUGAUGGUCUGGAUACUGCCGCCCUAGAAUUUUUGGCCUCGUUGAUUCGGAAAGGUCUCCGGAAUUUUUCUGCUUUAGUGACAGGCGAUACGGUGAAGAAAGUUCUGCUUGAAGUCUCAGGUGGCCUUAAUGGCAACGAGGACAACAUCAAUGCUAUCAGAAAGAAGUACAGCGAAUAA